AUUUAAGAGAGGGAGCUUGAGACUGGCCAAGGCCUCCCCUUCCUGUGUCUGUGGAAGGUCCCCGGGAGAUACAAAGGUGCUUAGUGUCCAUAUAACCUCCCCAUCAGCUGAGCGAUCUCAAGGACCAGUCCCACAGCCCUAACUCACCCAUCGAGACCACAGGAAAUAUGGGAUGUAUAAAAUCAAAAAGGAAAGACAAUCUGAGUGACGAUGGAGUAGAUAUGAAGACCCAACCAGUACGUAAUACUGACCGAACUAUUUAUGUGAGAGAUCCAACGUCCAAUAAACAGCAAAGGCCAGUUCCAGAAUCUCAACUUUUACCAGGACAGAGAUUUCAAACUAAAGAUCCAGAGGAGCAAGGGGACAUUGUGGUGGCCUUGUACCCCUACGAUGGCAUCCACCCAGACGACUUGUCCUUCAAGAAAGGAGAAAAGAUGAAAAUCCUGGAAGAGCAUGGGGAAUGGUGGAAAGCUAAGUCCCUUUCAACAAAGAGAGAAGGCUUCAUCCCCAGCAACUACGUGGCCAAGGUCAACACCUUAGAAACUGAAGAGUGGUUCUUCAAGGACAUAACCAGAAAAGAUGCAGAACGGCAGCUCCUGGCACCAGGGAACAGUGCAGGAGCUUUUCUCAUCAGAGAAAGCGAAACUUUAAAAGGAAGCUUCUCUCUGUCUGUCAGAGACUAUGACCCUGUACAUGGUGAUGUUAUUAAGCACUACAAAAUUAGAAGUCUGGACAACGGUGGUUAUUACAUCUCUCCACGGAUCACUUUUCCCUGUAUCAGUGAUAUGAUUAAGCAUUACCAAAAGCAGUCUGAUGGCUUAUGCAGAAGACUGGAAAAGGCAUGCAUUAGUCCCAAACCACAGAAGCCGUGGGACAAAGAUGCCUGGGAGAUCCCCCGGGAGUCCAUCAAGCUGGUGAAAAAGCUCGGUGCAGGACAAUUUGGGGAAGUCUGGAUGGGUUACUAUAACAACAGCACGAAGGUGGCUGUAAAGACCCUCAAGCCGGGCACCAUGUCCGUGCAGGCGUUCCUGGAAGAAGCCAACCUCAUGAAGACCCUGCAGCAUGACAAGUUAGUGCGGCUCUACGCUGUGGUCACCAAGGAGGAGCCCAUCUACAUCAUCACCGAGUUCAUGGCCAAGGGCAGCUUGCUGGAUUUCCUCAAGAGUGACGAAGGUGGCAAGGUGCUGCUCCCAAAGCUCAUUGACUUUUCAGCACAGAUUGCCGAGGGCAUGGCGUACAUCGAGCGGAAGAACUACAUUCACCGUGACCUGCGAGCCGCUAACGUCCUGGUCUCUGAGUCCCUCAUGUGCAAGAUUGCAGACUUUGGCCUCGCGAGAGUGAUUGAAGAUAACGAGUACACAGCGAGGGAAGGUGCUAAGUUCCCUAUCAAGUGGACGGCUCCAGAGGCCAUCAACUUUGGCUGCUUCACUAUCAAGUCCGACGUGUGGUCCUUUGGAAUUCUCCUGUAUGAGAUCGUCACCUAUGGGAAAAUUCCCUACCCAGGGAGAACCAACGCAGAUGUGAUGAGCGCGCUGUCUCAGGGCUACCGGAUGCCGCGCAUGGAGAACUGCCCAGAUGAACUCUAUGACAUCAUGAAAAUGUGUUGGAAAGAAAAGGCGGAGGAGAGGCCGACGUUUGACUACUUACAGAGCGUUCUGGAUGAUUUCUACACUGCCACCGAAGGGCAGUAUCAGCAGCAGCCCUAGCAGGCACGGAGACCUGCCCAUCGUAGUUAGUAGGAAAAGCAGCCUUCCGGCGGAGCUAAUCAUCUCAUGACAGGACCCUCUGUGUUCCUGGUUCCUGAUGGACAGGCCGAAUUAGCUCAGGAAGAACACCCUGGACUUGGGAUGCUGUUUCUUAAAUGUGACCGUCAGAAUACAAACACCUGCUCUCUCCAAAAUGCGCCACACUGGUCCACAUGGGCUGAGCGACUCAGGUUCGGAGACUGCUGCAGCGAAUACCCAGAUGCAGCAAGGACUAAACUCACUUAGCAAAAAUAACCCUAUGCACGGCAGAUCUUCUCUUACCCUCUCAAUGCUUUGACCCACUUUAAAAAAAAAAAAACUACUAAUCCAGCCUGUUAGAUUCUACAGGUGAAGGCACCAGCUUUAAAAUGUCUUUUUUAUAAAUUUGAGUGGUUUUUGUUUGGUUGCUUUGGAGAUUUGAUUCCUCCCCACCUCGCACCCACAUCCCACCCCCUUUCAGAGACUGUUAAACAUUUUCCUUGUGGUAAGAUUGCUGGACAGGAGGUAGCACGUGCUGGUCAGGCAGGAGCACAGGGUAUGGGCACACGGAACGACCAUGGCUGACCUGGCAUCCUUUGGAGCUACAGUGCCACCCAGACCUCCCAUCGGAGCUCUGCCCUAAGGAGGAAUGUCUUUUUUAGUGGUUGGGGUAUUUCAGUUACAGUAUUCUCUAAAGGCUUUUUGAUGGUGCCCUUUGCCAGAACUGUAAACAUCUAAUCUGUCAGUACCUUACCAGGCCUUCCAAAAAACCGCAAAGCAUUUCUUCCAUUGCCUUAAAUGACUUGAACGUUUAUAAAUCCUAUAUUUUAGUUGUACUCUAAGAGGUUAAAAUGCCAUAGUGGAGGCUAUUUUUGUGAUCCAGUAACCUUUUUCUGAAUUGUGUAAGAUGUAUGAGAGACUAUUUACACCUACAGGUAGGAAGAAGGCGACCAUGGAGAAGCUCCUGGUGUCCAGGGAAGUUGUUGCCUGGGUUUUUCAUUGUCAACGUUGUGUCUGCCCUAUUUCACUUACGCUAUUAUGUACAUACUUAAUAUUUCUAUUUUUGAUUUUAUUUUAAUACACCCAAUAACACCUUGGAA